CAAAAUGGAAGUGUGCGCUAAAUCCUUUUAGGUUGAUGAUUAAAAUGCACCGUAUUAUUGUUCAAAGCGGAAAUCUCACUAAAAUUUUCGCCAUAAACCCUACUCUCCUUCGCUCCAACAUCUCCAUCAAUUACCGGCAAGCCCAACUCCCUCGCCCCACUCACGUGGAAGCCUCCACUUCCGUUCGAAACGGAACUCUAUAAGGAUUCCUUUUUGUCUUAACCGCAUUUGCUUUGCUUUAGUUCGUCAAGAUUACUAUCAGUGGCAAGUGCAAUUGAUGAAACUUCGAGCUUUGCUCCUGAAGAACAUGACGGAGCAGUAGUAGUGGAAGUCGCUACUUCUAUUGAAAAGAAACCGUAUAGCAAAAGCAUAUCAGCUGAACCACCGGCUAAAAUCCUGACCUGAAUAGGUGAUGCUCUAAUAUCUAUACCAAUGGAAUUUUAUUGGCUGUAGGCUACAAAGGGCGUUAAUUUUUCUUGAAUUGGAAUGUUGAGCUAGAGGCAAUUUGGAGCUAUAAGCUUGAUACGGAAUACUUGAAUUUGGACAUACUUAGAAUUCUGAGAAGGAAAGAACAGGGAGGCUAUCGAAAAAUUUUACAAGAGGAGGAAGUUUUAUGCCGAUGGACUUGAAAUCAAGGGGAAAAAGUAAAAAAGUCCACUAUCAUAGUCAACAAGGGAAUAGGAGUAUGCUUGAUGGGAAGGGAAAGGUACCUGUUAAUUCAGAUAGGAAAACGAAGAGAAUCUUUGCUGAUCAAUAUGUUGAUGCAGAACUGACAACCGGCAGAAAGACAAAGGAAAGGAAUCGCAAAGUACCACCUCGCUCAAUUUGGGUUUCUAGUAGAAUGAAGGAUGCUACUUCAUCAACAGCACAUGCACAGGAGUUCAAUGGUGAAUGGACCAGCAAGGGGAAGGAGGCAGAUGUAUUGGGUUGUAACACGUAUGGUUUAUUGAAGAAGCACAACCAAAGAAAAUCUGACAGGAGUAAGCGCUUGAUUCAAAGUCAAACAAAGCAUUCUGAUGUAUCUCCUUCAGCAUAUGCAAAGAAAACUGUUCGGAAAAAACAAAGCCUCACUAAUGAUGAUUCAGAGCUAGAUGAUCAGCCAAAGAAGAAAAAGCGCAUAAUUCGGUUAGAUCCACAUGAUAUCUCCAAUAAACGGCUGGAUGAUGGAAUAGUUACUAACGAGAAUACGGAAGAGAAGAAAACAGAAAUUGAGAAAGAAGCUGAAAUGUCAAAGAAUGCAGAAUUUCGUGCAAUAAAACCUAGUCCAUCCAUCCUUUCCUUUGUGGAAGAUAAUUUGUUAGGCCGAAGACGGUUGAUUGAGCUGAAAAGGGCGGGCUACAACGUUGAGCUAUCUGCACCAUUAGAUAAUAUUCCCUUCUCUACAAGCUCUGAGAGAGAACGGAUUGAAGAAAAUAUUUUUAGGAAUAAAAUGGAAUUUUUUGCUGCUGCAAAAGUGUCAUCUUCAUUCCCAGCUCCUGAUCUUCCAGAGAUUGCAUUUGCAGGAAGGUCAAAUGUUGGAAAAUCAUCGCUACUUAAUGCACUUACUAGACAAUGGGGUGUUGCACGGACAUCAGACAAGCCUGGCCUUACUCAGACUAUUAAUUUUUUCAAGCUGGGUUCAAAGCUCUGUUUGGUCGAUUUGCCUGGAUAUGGGUUUGCUUAUGCCAAAGAAGAGGUUAAAGAUGCUUGGGAGGAGCUUGUAAAGGAAUAUGUAUCUACAAGGGUUGGUCUAAAACGAGUAUGUCUUCUUGUUGACACAAAAUGGGGAAUGAAGCCAAGAGACCAUGAACUCAUUGAUUUGAUGGAAAGAUACCAGACUAGAUACCAGAUUGUGUUGACCAAGACAGAUGUGGUAUUUCCAAUUGAUGUGGCACGCCGUGCUAUGCAAAUUGAAGAGAGACUUAAGGCUAACAAAUCUAUAGUUCAGCCUGUGAUGAUGGUAAGCUCAAAAUCUGGAGCUGGUAUUCAGAGUUUAAGAACAGUGCUUACCAAGAUUGCUCGAUUUGCCAAACUCUAAUUCAUCGUCAGGACUGAGCGUUCUGCUGAUGCAAAUUUCAUGGCAGUAUGAAGGUGCAUGCUGCAAAGUGCAUACUUAUUUGUUUGUCUGCCGGGUGGUAAUUGCCUGAUUGCCUGCCCAUUUAAGCAAGCAAGAUGACACUUGGUGGAGUUGAAGACUUUUCAUAUUUGGCGUAAUAGUUGAUCGUGAUUGCACAUUAUUUUUUUGCUUCGGAUAUUCAGAUACUCGAUGCGAUGCAAGUAGGUUUUCCAUUGUGGCAGAAAUCAUCAAUUUUGGGAUUACAGCAAGGAUGUUUGUGCCUUGGCUGAUUUAGUUAGAUGAUGUAGGGUUUGUUUUUCAUUAUGCAGUUCAAAGUUGAUAGACCAUAAUUAGAUAGUCUAAUUUAUUUGUUAUAUAUUGAAAUGCAUUACUACUAGGCUACAUUUGGCAAGUGGUAAUGCCCAAAUAAAUUAUAGUAAAAACUUACAUUACAAAUUCAUCUGGUUAUGUUAUAUUAUAUUUCAUUACAGUUCACUCAAAUGUAGCCUAAGAUUGCAGAAGCAAGUCCUGCUUUUAGACAUAGCCAAGUGGCUAUCGCAUGAAUAGAAAUGGUGAGCUAGUUUUUUCAUUACCAUAUUAUAAGUGGUAUAAAUGAGAG